AUGAAUACUGCACUUCCCAAUUCUGUUCGUAACAUCGAACUUGACGUUACCGAGAUCAUUCAAAUGCUAGCUGCGCUGUCUGAUCGGUUCAAAAAUCAAUUUUUACUAAAAAUCACUGAUGAAGAUGUAAAGAUGAUACAAAAAAGGAUGGUCGAACAAACUUUUCAUCGAAUCAUCGAGUCGGUAAAAAGAUCCCAAGUGAUUGAAUAUCCUGAUCAGUUGCCACCUCUAGUCCUAAUUUCACGACGUGAUUUGAAAAUCAAACGAGUUGAGUUGAAGUCACGGGCACGUUUGUUGAAGUAUGAUUUGAUUGAACUUGACCGCCCUGACGAGAAUCAACAAGAUCCCGAUAGUUCAGACUCUAUCAAUGACGUUUUCGAAGAAAUGGGUUGCUAUGAGUCCCGCAUCAUAGCAGGCGUGCUUUCUCCUCCACCAGAGCCUUUAGAUAACGAUGAUAAAAAUUUAGCCUAUUGUUGUUAUUUGGAUCAAACUGAAAAUAAAAUUGGUAGUUUUAACCGUCAAUUUGUUUAA